AUGGCGGCUCGUCCAUCGAGCUCCGCCGACGAGGAGACGCGGCAGUGCAUCCGCGGUUUAGUCGCAUGCAUCCGCGCCAAGGGCAGCGGCGCCGAGGGCAAGGACGUCGAGCAGGCGAGCCCUCUGCGCAAGGUUGUGCAGAUCCUCUCGCUCUCCGACGAUGAGCUGACCGCCAUGCCUGAGGACCAGCGCUCGACGGUGCUUCAGAUCCGGCAGUCGACGCUCGAGAAGAUGCGGCUAGCAAAGGCGAGCGGCGGCUCCGGCCUCCCGGUUGCGCCGGGCUCGCCCCGCUCGUUCGCCGCGUCAGCCGCGAUGCGCUCCUCUCCGCUCGCCAUCCCGGGUUCCCUCGGCCGCGCCUCCGUGCCGCGGGAGAUGCCUGCGAUGGCGUCGUCGUUCGAGCCCGGCUUUGGCACAGCGGCGCACUCGGCGCCGGCAGCAUACUACCAUGGCUUGGGUCCGGCCGGAGCAGGAGGCGCCUCCUCGCUCUUUGAGCUCGGCGGCUCGCCUCCUCCCGGGGCGCCGCCGCCCUACUCGCACGCCAGCCCUGCGAGCCCUCUGCCGGGGCCGGUUUCGCCUAUGCCGCCGCCCGCCUUUUACGUGCGGAAGACCCCUCCGUCUUCCUCGGGGCGGGAGAGCAGCGAGAGAAGCUCCUUCUUCUCCUCCGGCGGCGCUUGUAGCGCGCCGGAGAGAGCAGGCGAUUAG